GGAGUGACCUAUGCGAGCCCUCCUUGACACAGGUGGAUGGACUAAAAGAACUCUGAAAAUCCCUUCGAGACCUCUGGUUCUGCUAGGGUUAAUUUACACUGUUCUACCAGCAUAAAUCCAGGUUAAUUUAACUAAAUCAGUGCCAAUAAUCUGAUAUGGACGGAAAGGGAAUCUUGUCUUCUCGGCAAUACAGUUAUAGAAAUGCAGAGGUUUUCCACUUUGGCACUAAGAAGUAUUAAAUGUGUAAGGACAGAGAGGAGCAGGGUAGGAGGCUGCACAAAGCAGCUAGUAAAUCACAAUCUCAAACUUGAAAUUCACUUGAUAAUUAGUGUUAGUUAAAAGUUAUGGGUUUCAUCCCACUUUGCUUCAGCCCCGAAAUGCUGGUGGGUGCAAUGCCUGAGGGAAGCCAGCUGCUUGCAGCUCUCCAAGCAGCAGAAGAUGACAGCCUUAUAUACUGCAGAUUUUUUCACCAUGUUUGGAAAGAAGAAGAAAAGGAUUGAAAUUUCUGGGCCCUCUAACUUUGAGCAUCGGGUCCACACUGGCUUUGACCACAGGGAGCAAAAGUUCACGGGACUACCUCAACAGUGGCACAGCUUGCUGGCAGACACGGCAAACAGGCCAAAGCCUAUGGUCGAUCCCUCAUGCAUCACUCCCAUCCAGCUCGCACCUAUGAAGACUAUUGUUAGAGGAAAUAAGCCUCAAAAAGAUACUUCAAUCAACGGCCUGCUGGAAGAGUUCGACAAUAUCUCAGUGACACGAUCCAAUUCCCUGCGGAAGGAAAGUCCUCCCACCCACCACCAAGGAAACGCAAACCAUGUGUCGAGGCACCAGGAGGAAAAUGGCUAUAUCACGUAUUCCCAGUACUCCAGCGAGUCAGACACUGCAACAGACUAUGUUGUGGAAAAGUAUCGAGAUAAGACUGUCUAUGGGGAAGAGUUAGAUAGGUAUUACAAAGGGAACUAUGCUGCUAAGCAGAAUGGGCACAUGAUGAAGGUGACUUCCCGAGACAUCUAUUAUUCGGAAGUGAUGCCUUUGCAGUCAGACCUUUCCAGGUUCCUCCCAGAUUACCACGCACACCUGGAGACAAAGCCCAAACCGCUGGAAUAUGGUGGCCUAAAGCUGGAGUAUCAGCGGAUCCCCAGCGGAUCCUCCCUGGACUAUAGAGACCCCUUUCCUUACACCCCAUCCCGAGCAUCGGUGCAGAGCGAGUGUCCCAAGGAGAGGCUGGAGUAUAGUGACAGUGACUGGGGACAUGGCCUGGGUAAAGACGAUUACGACAAGAGGCCAAAGUCAUCCUACGUGGACCCAGCGAGCCCUCAGCCAGCAAUGAGGCAGAGAUCCAGGUCGGGCUCUGGUCUGCAGGAGCCAGCCAUGCCCUACGGAGCAAGUGCUUUUAAAGCACACCAGCAAGGACACUCCUACAGCUCCUACACCUACCCCCGCUUGUCCGAAACCGCAGCAGGCAUCCCCAAGGUGGAUUAUGAUCGAGCACAACUGGUCGUUAGCCCACCACUCUCUGGAUCGGACACCUACCCCAGGGGCCCAGUAAAGCUACCUCAAAGUCAGAGCAAAGUCAGCUAUUCAAGCAGCAGCUACCAGUACCCUCUGGUCUACCACAAAGUGUCCCACUAUCACCAGCCAUCAAUCCAGCCCAGCUCUCCCUAUAUUUCCACAGCUUCCUACCCCAGCUCCCCAAGUAUCACUUCAAGUGCUUAUCCUCCACCCAGCUGGGGAUCCUCCUCAGACCAGCAGCCUUCCAGGGUGUCCCACGAACAGUUCAGAGCUGCCCUGCAGCUCGUGGUCAGCCCCGGUGACCCCCGAGAGUACUUGGACAACUUCAUCAAGAUCGGGGAGGGCUCCACAGGGAUUGUCUGCAUCGCCACUGAGAAACAUACAGGAAAGCAAGUUGCUGUGAAGAAGAUGGAUCUCAGGAAACAGCAGAGAAGGGAGCUGCUCUUUAAUGAGGUUGUAAUCAUGAGAGAUUACCAUCACGAAAAUGUGGUUGACAUGUACAACAGUUAUCUUGUUGGAGAUGAGCUUUGGGUUGUGAUGGAGUUUCUGGAGGGCGGCGCUUUGACAGACAUAGUGACUCACACGAGGAUGAAUGAGGAGCAGAUAGCGACUGUCUGUCUGUCUGUCCUGAGAGCUCUGUCCUACCUGCACAACCAAGGUGUCAUCCACCGUGACAUCAAAAGUGACUCCAUCCUUCUCACAAGUGACGGAAGGAUAAAACUGUCUGACUUCGGAUUCUGCGCCCAAGUAUCAAAGGAAGUCCCCAGGAGAAAGUCACUAGUUGGGACCCCGUAUUGGAUGGCUCCAGAGGUGAUAUCCCGCUUGCCCUAUGGCACCGAGGUGGAUAUCUGGUCCCUGGGCAUCAUGGUGAUAGAGAUGAUAGAUGGCGAACCUCCCUACUUCAACGAGCCGCCACUGCAGGCCAUGCGCCGAAUCCGGGAUAACUUACCGCCCCGGGUGAAAGACAUGCACAAGGUCUCCUCCGUCCUCCGGGGUUUCUUGGACUCAAUGUUGGUGCGGGAGCCCUCACAGAGAGCUACGGCACAGGAACUGUUGAGGCACCCGUUUCUCAAACUGGCUGGGCCCCCUUCUUGCAUUGUGCCCCUCAUGAGGCAGCACAGGCACCGAUGAAGCUGGCAACUUUUGAGGAGGAGGUUGAUGCAGAGCCUGGAUUAACAGCCGCACAGGAAUCACAACAGUUGCGUGGGAACCACAGGCAGAGACAAGCGAAACCUUAUGUAAGAAAACCUGCCCCUGUGGAAGUAAUGCGGUGAAUAAAAACCCAAGGAGGUGCUCUCUGGGGCUGUGAGGGACCAAGGUGGGUGAUCGUGGCCACUAGCUGGGUGGCCACACUCUGUCAUGGACCAUCGCUUCCCUAUACUGUCAUCGUCUCGGCCAUCCAGGCAGAUGGCACCAAAUACAAACAAGGUUGUAAAGGUGAUAGAGGAUAGCACAGCCAGAGUGAACCACCAGAAUUUUAUUGCAGGCUAUGGCACUUCUAUUUCAGAAGAACACUUUUCUGACAAAAAAAAGCACUUUUUAUCUCAGUCAGAGCAGUGCAAUGUAUUUUGCAAUGAAUUUGUAAUUUUCUGUACAGUACAUUUUGAUAAUUGCAGUACUUCGUCAUGUAACUGUUGUGUUAGUUAAAUUAAUAAGUGUAACUUAGCAAGAAUUUGAGAAGAUAAAAAAGGUUUCCUACUUUUUUAACCCUUUUGAAAACAGGGAAAAAAACAAAACAAAAAGAACAACCUUUAGGAAGUUAGAAAGUUUUGCAGAUUUUUCCAUUGGGGUGAGGAGUGUCGCGGCAGCCUGAAGAGCUGGGAGCCUGCACUACCAGUGACGCAGUGGUGAUCAAUCAGAGCAGCUGCUGAAUGUUAGCAGUCAUCAGGGUCUCCCUCUUCUCCCCAUUUCUUCAGUGGUGGGAGUUAAUGCAACUGGGGUACCUUUGAUCAAGGGUCCUCUUCUCACACCAUGGCCGUCCCUUUGUGUUAUGCCACUGCAAGCUCAGUUUUCUUAUCACAAAAAUUUCCAUUAUAUCUCUCCUGCUCUGGGAGUUGAAAGGGACGGGUGGAGUCCGCCCACCCAGCGGUUAUCCCCCAGAGCUCAAACAGACCGUUGUGAUGCAUUCCGAGAUGUUUGCCAUAUAGAAGUUGUGCUGCUGUCUAGACCUUUUUGAAUGUUGAUGCAACAGUUGACUACUACGGUACAAUUUUGUGUUAUUUGUUGAAUGACUUUGCAUGUUAACUGUAGGCCUAAAUAGAUUUGCCUUUACAAUUUUUAGAAGUGCUUCAUAAUUAUUUCAAAGAUAAAUGAAUUUUAUUUAUUAAUGAUGAGUUCUUUUUAAUUUUGUAUAAUACAAAGCCAUGUUUUUUCAAGGUUUUUUUUUCUUACUGACCUCGUUUUAUGAUCUCAUUAAGAAACACAAAGCAAAUUUUAUGAAAACACAGUUUCUUUGUUAUUAUGGAAUUUCAUAGCAAAUAAAUUAUUUGUUAUUUAUUGUAGUAAAUUAUAAACAAAUAUCUAAACCUGGCAGGAGCUGUUGCUUAAAGAUCUUCCUCCAGUAAAAAGAGUUGCCAACAGUAAAGCAGCUCCUUUAGUACUACCCUUAAACAGUUAAAGAAUAUUUGAAGGGAGAGAAGCAAUCGAAGAGAAGAGGAGAUAAAUAUGAACUCGAACACUGAAUAAAUGUUCUUACAUCCAUGUGUCUUACUCCCUGCUGCUUUCUCUCUUAACCCUGUUUGCACAUUUGAAGAAGACACUAAAGAAAAUGUGUUUGGUUCCCACCACCCCACUGCAAACCCACUCCUGGUGCCCACCUGCAGAAACCUGACAGCAUCCACGGCGUUCUAAGCUGUUUCUGUUUUGUAGUCUUGACAACUCAGGAAAACAGGCUGCACCAAUAAAGGCAAUGACACACAGGUGAAACCGUCAUACUAGCCACAAAAAUUAAACUUUUUUAACCAUCUUUGAAUAAAAAGGGGGUUGGGGUUGGUGGGGGUUUUUUUCUUCAAUAUUCAAUAUUUUAGGCUGUGCAAGUGAAGAAUUUUCUGCAACUUUCUUAUCAUUAGAUACUUUUAAAAGUAUUCAUCAAGUUUACUGGAAGUUUUGUCAGUUUCAAAGGGUUUUGGUUUUUUU